GUUCUCAUCUCGGGGAGCAGUGGUCGUGAAUUAGUCGUAAUUAGUUUACUUCCCACUCCCAUCGCGAGCCCGCACCAGUCACACAUUGUACACACAACCUUACUACCACGCAACGACACACGCCGAACUCCAAAAAACAAGUAGAAAUGUACCGAAACGUGGUCGUUUUAAUUGUUUUGUGGAAUACAGCAGAGAGUGCCAACUACCAGCGAUAUGCUGAGCCCGGUGACGCAAGAUACGCAACCCCUUCGAGCUAUUCCUCGACUGUGAGCCCUUACAACCAAUAUCCAUACAAAUCCGGUAGCUACGGGAGCGAUAUAGCCAAUUUUCCGGAAGUGACCAGGUAUCCUAAUUACGCUUCUGGAGUAUCGACCACCAAAUACAACUCCUACACUACGCUGAAAUCGAAUCAGUUUUACCCUCCGGGCGGCUACAGUACUCCGACUUAUGGAGAUACUUACUCAAGGACUUAUGGCCAGGAGUACGGCCAGGGCUACGGACAGGGCUACGGCACUGGUUACAGCUCUUACGAGGUUCCCUUCAUGAAGAAUAUAAGGGACUACUGCGUAAACAGGGCGCCACAGCAAGGGAUCUGGGUGGAAAACUUGAUGGGCAUGUGGUACGGAGUGGAGUUCGUGCAACAUCUGGCUGGUGACUCCAGGGUCGAUUACGCGCGGACCUGCAUCGUGAUACACAUUUCGGAGCCCAUGGACCAGCCUUCAACAGAGAAUCAGUUGUUCCACGUGCAGCACAUCAACGCGAAGUUCCGUCACGAAUACAGGCACCUGAGGCUGCUGUGGGACGAGGCUGGCCAGACCAUCGAGUACUCGCUGUACUUCAAGAACGACUCCGCCGGCUACUGGCAGGUGUUCAACGGACAGAAUGGAACAUUGACGGCUCGGCCCACGUAUCAACAGUUCAGUGGCACCAUACAAGUUCUGAAGGCAGUCAACGACCAUCUCCUAUUGAACUUCUGUCAGGAUCAGGUCAAUGGCAAGUCUGCGCAGCUGUACUCCGUGCUGUUCUCCCGCGAGCCUGGCUUCAUGGAGCGCUGGGAGCUGGACUCCGUGCACGCACUACUACAAAACAAGAAACUCUCCGUAGCCUCUAGAAGACUGGUCUGCGGUAACAGUGCCGACAAGCCUAUUUUUAGUUUAGCUUCCUCCUUCAUUUUUCUAAUACUGACUUUCAUUAUAAAGUCCUAUUAAAAUCCGUGUUGACUAGGGACUAUUUAUAUGCGAAAUUUUAUUUAAUCGGACAAAAUGACAUCACCGGCAGUCUGUUUGUACGCCCAUACAGUAACUACAUAACUAUCGAAGAUGACAUAACGCUAGAUGAACUUGAAAGUAGAUUAGAUGCGCUGCGCAAAACGUGUCGCGGAAGUUUUGAGACAUUUAGCAAUCCCUUGCUGUUAGCGACCGUGUUUAUACAAUUGGUCCGAGUGGUAGCAGACAUCACACAUUCAGUAUUCUGCGGUAUACAUUUGAAACCGCCAUAAAAAUAUCAAGUACGUUAUUAAUGUUUAAGUCUGCGCUUUGAAAUACAAAGUUUAUGGCGAACAAAAGCUGCAAGACGUCUGCAUCGUGAAAUUUUGCAGUUGCGAUGUUAAAUGUGGCAUUGUGUUUGUCUGGGGCCCUCGACUUGCUUAUUGACUCUGCAAAAUAAUAAACCGGUUCUCGCGCGUCCUUGACUGCACUUGAAAGAUCUGAGAUUUUGGGGACGACGUAAAAGUCCCCAGCCGUAGCGUAGAUAUAGUUCUAUAGCGUUUAUGUCGAUAUUAAAUAUCCGUCCUUAUAAUGUGAAAAUGAUUGAUGAACAAAAUGGAAUUUUUAAUUUGUUUACUGCAAACUUUGGGGCCAAUGUGCGUACCUAUAAAAAUUAUAGGUAGUUGACACAAACGGUAACCAGACAAGUGAUUUUUUUAAUGCCACCAAAUUAAGAAUGAAUCAUCAAAUUAUGAUAAGUAUGUAAUACAGUCAAACAUUGUCCGUGUAACUACCGUAUGACUAGUAAUAAUAAACCAUUACUUAGAUGUCUAUUACAAUGAUACAUCGUAUUGAAACAAACGACCAUUUAUUUUCAAUGUUGAAUUCAUUUUAGUAAACGAUGCGAUGUUGGGAUGGCGUCAUACUAGCACAAUGUUUUGAAAAAUGAAUGCAGAUAAUCUGUUUGCAAGAAAACUUGUAUCUGGGGUGCAACUGUUGCCAACAUUGCAAGCGCAUUAGGCAGUCUGCCUCUGAUAUUUCAGAGUUAUACAACCGACAUUAUGGUGCCUUUACCGCACUCUAACUUGCUGAACCUUCUUGAAUACCUACCGAGCUGUUUUAUAAAAUCUAUUAUUGUGUAUUUAACUUGUUACUAUGGGACUAAAUUAAUGACCACUCAGUUAUACGUAGUCACUAUCUUCGUCCAUGUUGAUUUCCUAGCUAUACACAUAGACUGUAGAUCGAUAGGAACUAUUGUUAAAACUUCUUUGUCAUCAAAACUUUCACUUAAUGUCUAAGUUAUUAUUAUUUAUUUGAAUACCAAAGAUUUAUUAAAGCAAUAAUUAUUUUAAGUAAGCGAACGUGCCUGUUCUUUAGAAGAAUAAAAACUUUAAAAUUA